AUGGGAGUGUAUGAGAUUGUACAGAUAAUUGUCGAGCGAUAUAGAAAUAGAAAUAUCAAAACAGAUCCCAAACAACUUCAGACAACUGACUUAUUUUCCGUCCGUGUCCCUACUGAAGUUGAACAAGUAGAACUUGUUCUCAUGUCUGCAUUUCGAGACAAGUUCGGAUGUGCAUUAGUAAUAACCUGUAAUGGAUGUUACACCAAAUAUCAACAAUGUUAUGCAACCUUCAGUUCAGUUCCUUCACCCACUGAUAAUGAUAAUGCCGAAUAUUGCAAAGCUGCUGAUAAAGGGAUGAAAUGCCUAAUGGAUGAUGCUAAAGAUUGUCCAAAAGACAAACGUCAACCAGAUAUUUACAAGAAUUUCAAAACAGCCAUGGCAAGCAUCCAGAAUUCAUGCAAACAAGCCAAAUGUGGAUUAGACCAGCAAAAAUGUAGCAAGAAAGCACUAGAAGCCUAUAAUAUGGUACCAAAAGAUGGAAGUAAACUUGAUAAAAAAGAUGUUCCCAAAUUCUGCUCUGGCAUGAAAGAUGGUUUAAACUGUUACGAAAAAGUAAUGAAAGACUGUCCAAGUAUAGCUGAACCGCUUAAACAGAAUGUUAAACAAUUUGGUCAAAUGAAAGAAUUGUAUUGUAAAGACUAUGACAACUCAGCAUCAGUUUCAGUGUGUAGUAUGGUCGUAAUGGUGCUAGCUGUUUUAGGAACUCUUUUAUAAAUAUCGUUGUCUUUUCUUCCUUAAAGUAGUAGAAUGUUUUACCCUGCACCUUCAAAAUAUUUAAAACAAAAUUAUUGCCUUAUUUACUACCUCUGAAACUAGUAGAACGCUUUGAGUAAUGGGUACGCAGCACCCUGUUAAAUUAUGUGUAUAAAGGAAAUAAGGCAAAUCAAUUGACGAUUUCAGAUACCUGGCAUAUAUAAGCGUAUGUAAAAAAAACUAUUAGAAAUUUUUUUUUGUUUGUUUUAAUCGUAUUUAUCUCGGGUAAAGUAUUCAUUUAUAAAGGAGUACGUGUAUCUGCAUUUUUUAGUAUUUACCUGUGUUUUAUCUAAGAAACUUUCGAUCGUACGCCGUCCCAUUGGUCUACGGACCCAUGAUAUCUUUUAAAUUUCGUAUAAAACCCGUCAAGAUGUAAGUGGAACAUGCAACAUGCUUUUGUAGCAUUUUGGGUUUAAUGUAGUAAUCAGCCGCAAAUUUCAAACCACAACAAAAUCUAUUAUCUGCAAUAUCUAUUUCAUUUGGUGGAGCUGUUGCCAAGUCUUCCAAAUAUUAGUCUUCGAAUUGAUCAACGUCACCGUUUAAAUCUAUUCCACUUAAAGCCAUUUUUAUCUUUUUAGUCUUCCGUAUAUACGUUUAACGAUGCAUUGUGUAUUUGCUUUUUGUUAUAUUCAAAGAAAUAUGUUAUGCACUUGUUGGUUAUAUAUUACUUCCAAUUUUAUUGUAUCCAUCACUAGGAUUUUUAUAACUUUUUUGAUACGAUAUAUUGUAUAAUUUUUAUGUUGGUUAUAAUAAACUCUAAAUGUC